AUGUUGGGAUCACGCAGCAACUGGCAAUCCCGUUUGUGUUGGAUUGUCUUGAAGGGAACUUUGUAUGGAUCCUGGUUACUUGGAGUAUUUCCCUACACAUUCGACUCGCGAAAACGCCAGCUGAAGCGCACCAGAUGGCUUCUUUUUUACGGACUAAUUGUGAACUCCUUUCUUCUUGUGAAAAUGUUGUACUCAGAAGGUCAAAAGCAAGGCAGUCAAGAGGCAUUUACGAGGAAUACAGUCCUAGAAGACAUUCACAGCAUAGUUGGCAUUGCGAACGUUUCUUCAUGCUUCGUAAUGCAUUUCUUGAAUUUUUGGGGAAGCAUACGAGUUCAGGACUUGGCCAAUGAACUGCUUGUCCUUGAGUAUGAACACUUUGCCAGUUUGAAUGAGAAGAAUUGCCCCAAGUUCAACUGCCUCGUGAUUCAAAAGGCAGUUGCUGUGAUUGGCCUCUUACUGACAUUUCUGAGUGUUACCUACGAACUGCAUGGAAACAACUUCUCCGUGGACAUGGUGAUCGUGAACAGCUUAGUGCAAUUCAGCAUCAAUUGCAAUAUUAUGCACUAUUAUGUCGGAGUCCUGUUAAUCUAUCGCUAUUUAUGGCUGAUCAACGGACAACUAUUGGAACUGGUAACCAAACUUAAGCUGGAUCACACGGUGAACCCAUCGAGGAUUCGUGAAUUCCUUUCAUUGUACCGUCGCCUUUUGGAGCUCAAAGGGAAUAUAGUGGCCGCCUACGAGUACCAUAUGACCCUAGUUCUUAUAACUGGCAUAGCCUGUAAUAUUUUGGCCAUAUAUUUCUGGAUUGUGUUGAACAUCAGCAUGAAUAUAAAUUCCAUAUGUCUGCUGGUUUUCCCGCAGUUCUUGCUUGUUAAUUUUUGGAAUAUUUGGUUGAACAUUGUCGCUUGCGAUCUAGCGGAGAAUGCUGGCAAAAGGACCCCAAAAGUACUUAAACUUUUUGCUGAUCUUGGGCUGAAAGAUAUUGAACUAGAAAGAAGUGUGAACGAGUUCGCAUUGCUGUGCAGUCAUCGCCAAUUUAAAUUUCACGUGUGUGGACUUUUUACUAUAAACUAUAAUAUGGGUUUCCAGAUGAUCAUCACCAGUGUCUUAUACUUGAUUUACUUGAUUCAAUUCGAUUUCAUGAAUUUGUAA